UUUUAGGGUCGUAAAAAGGAUGAAUGAACAAAAAUCGUGGAAAUCUAUUUGUAUUUUUAACUUCGUGUUUAAGAAUCCACCGGCAGAGGUUUGGUGUAAUUUUACGCAGUCAUUUUUAAAUGAUACACAAUUACUUGUCCAGGGAUUGGACCAUUGUUUAGAUAAUAGUACAGUAGUGGCAUCUGUAAAUGUCACUGACAAAGUGAAUCUGAGCACCUUAGAAAGUGAUUGGAUUGAAUACUGGGGAGAACAGGGCAACAAACUGGUUCUUGAAAGCUGGAUUGAAAAAUACAAAAAUUACAUUGAUACCACAAGUGAAACGGUUCAGGAAGAAAACAGUGAAAAUUGCCCAGACAGCACCCAGGAUAAGGAAUUUUCAGAAUCAACAAAUCAUGAAUGGACGAAAUUGUGGGAAGAACAUCAGCUGGAACAAUACCUAUACUAUCAAAAUUGGUUCUCACAGUGGUGGAUUGAACAGGAGCUAUUAAACAAAGUUGCUGAUGUUGCCAAUGAACAAUGCAAUUUUGAAGUAAAUGAGGAAUCCUUAGCAGACGAGGUUUCUGCUGCAGUUCUUGAUUUUGAAAACCUUACUGUUCAAACAAACAUGGAAAUGGAGGUCUCAUUGUUGUCUUCUGAUGUCAUUGAUGUGAAUCACUCUGAAAAGGGAAUUUUAGAAAAAACCCAAGAUUUUUUGGUUGGUUUGGGACUCUCAAGCAACAUGAACAAAACAGGCUCGAAUAUUAGUAGUUGUAAAGUAUUGGCUAUGAAGAAAAAGAAAAAGAAGAAAAGCAAGAAUAAGAAGUUAUACCACAGUAAAAUGGCUGCUGAACAACUUGCAUGCUAUUUGAAGACUGAUGAUAAGAAAGAGGAAGUUGAAGAAACCCAACAGACUACAUGUUUGCCAGAAGUACAAGAAAACAAAGAGUUGAUGAAAUACUGGGCUCAACGCUACAGACUGUUUUCAAGAUUUGAUCAGGGCAUAAAACUAGAUUAUGAUUCGUGGUUUUCAGUCACACCAGAACGAAUUGCUCGUCACAUUGCUGAAAGAUGCCGCUGUGAUUUAAUUGUUGAUGCCUUUUGCGGAGCUGGUGGAAAUUCAAUUCAGUUUGCGUUCAAGUGUGAAAGAGUCAUCGCCAUAGAUAUUGAUCCUGUAAAAAUAGAGCUAGCUCGCCAUAACGCUUCUGUAUAUGGAGUAGCUGAUCGCAUUGAAUUCAUUGUCGGAGACUUCUUCCAGUUGGCCCCUAGUUUGAAGGCUGACGUAGUCUUUCUCUCGCCUCCGUGGGGAGGGCCAAAAUAUCUCGAAGCGCCACAAUUCAAUCUUGAAGACAUGCAGCCAAACGGAUUUGAAAUUUUUAAAGCAGCACGAAAAAUUUCACCUAACCUGGCUUAUUUUCUUCCCAGAAAUACCAACGUUGAUCAAGUUAUUGAACUUGCCGCUAGCGACGGCAAAGCUGAAAUUGAGCAAAACAUAUUAAACAAUAAAGUCAAAACAAUUACCGCUUAUUAUGGAGAAUUGAUUCGUGAUUCCGAGUAACGGAAAACGAAUAAGCCGCGUACCUUGAAAUAUGUUCGUUUUGUGAAUCAUUGUCGAUAUCGAGAGUCACCUCCGAAUACACCAGACUGUACACGUU